AUGGUCAAACCUGGGUCCACGGUGCCAACUAAAAUAAGAGAAAGUACAAGAUUUUACCCUUAUUUUAAGGAUUCCAUUGGAGCUAUUGACGGAACACAUAUACCAGCCAUGGUAUCAGGACCCGAAGUAGCUAGCUAUCGUGAUCGUCAUGGAAAAAUAACACAAAAUGUAUUAGCUGCUUGUAACUUUGAUUUGGAAUUCCUAUAUGUUCUUAGCGGAUGGGAGGGUUCAGCUCAUGACUCCAAAGUGUUAGAUGAUGCUGUAUCAAGGAAGAACGAACUUAAAAUGCCAGAAGACGAUGAAUCUGAUGAUGAAGAAAAUGACGAUGAACCAGGUAAUCAAACCCAAGAGCAACAACGACAGAUUGCUAAUGCAUGGAGAGCUGGCAUAGCUACAAAUAUGUGGACAGAUGCUGUAAAUGAUAGGAUUCAAAGAUGAGAAAUAGAGGGGAUUAUUUGAUUUUAUGGAUUUUUUUUUAAU